AUGGCGACAAUUGUACCUCCCCCGUCCAAGCGACAGAAGAGAGAGGAUCUCGAGAGGACGUCGACUCAGCAGGAUGUUACGACGUUCGCUACUGGGCCUGCUGGCUCCUUCAAGGCGAGGUUCCUUGAUGGGGAUGGAAAGCAGAUGGCCGAUGUGAUUGAAGUUCCUCUCGCAGAUGCUUCGGAGAAGAAUUUGUCGCUAUUAUUGAAUACACUGCUUGCGAGGGAAAAGGAAGAGUUUUUGCCGUACCGAUUCCGAAUUCAUAUCCCCGAUAGCGAAAUCAUUGUGGACCAAUAUCCUACCGAUCUUCUUCAGCUUCUUCGUAACCAUGGUAUCGAGAACCCCUUCGAAACGACUGUUACUCUUAGCGCUGAGCCGCAGGCUGUUUUCAAGGUCCAGCCUGUGACGCGCAUGUCCCACAAGAUUCCUGGCCAUGGUGAAGCUAUCCUCGCAGCACAGUUCAAUCCUAGAAACAGCAACAGACUCGCAACUGGAUCUGGUGAUAAGACGGCACGCAUAUGGGAUACUGAGACUGGUACUCCUAAAUACACUCUUUCAGGCCACUCUGGUUGGGUUCUGGCUGUUUCUUGGUCCCCUGAUGGUAUGCGCCUUGCUACUGGAAGUUAUGACAAGACUGUUCGUCUUUGGAACCCUGAUACUGGAAAGGCUGUCGGAAACCCUUUGACAGGACACUCAAAAUGGAUCACAAAUAUGGUUUGGGAACCUUAUCAUCUCUGGAGAGACGGUACACCACGACUUGCCAGUGCUAGCAAGGAUGCCACUAUUCGCAUAUGGAUCGUCAACUCUGGCAAGACGGAGCAUGUUUUGUCUGGACACAAGAGCAGUGUUAGUUGUGUUCGCUGGGGAGGCGAGGGUCUUAUUUACAGUGGAAGUCACGAUAAGACAGUCAGAGUGUGGAACGCCGAGAAGGGAACCAUGGUGCACACUUUGUCAGCUCACGUCCACUGGGUGAACCAUCUUGCUCUGUCCACAGAUUUCGUCUUGAGGACAGGAUUCUACGACCAUACUCCUGUGCCUGACACGGAAGAAGGAAAGCGAGAAAAGGCCAAGGCGCGAUUCGAAAAGGCUGCCAGAUUCCAGGGUAGAAUUGCUGAGCGUUUGGUUACUUGCAGUGAUGACUUUACCAUGUACCUCUGGGAUCCUGCGCAAAGUACAAAGCCAGUUAACCGUAUGCUGGGUCACCAAAAGCAAGUCAACCACGUCACAUUCUCCCCCGACGGAACCCUCAUUGCCAGCGCAGGCUGGGAUAACCACACCAAGCUCUGGAACGCCAGGGACGGAAAAUUCAUCAACACCCUUCGCGGUCACGUCGCUCCCGUAUACCAGUGCGCUUUCUCAGCAGACUCCCGCCUUCUAGUCACAGCAUCAAAGGAUACAACACUCAAGGUCUGGUCAAUGGCUACUCACAAACUCUCCAAUGAUCUGCCGGGUCAUGCGGAUGAAGUUUACGCGGUGGAUUGGGCACCGGAUGGUAAGAGAGUCGGAAGUGGUGGAAAAGACAAGGCUGUCCGGGUUUGGCAAAAUUAG